GACAGUUUCUUUUAAUAAAGGAUAAAUCGUGGCAGCAGUACACACUUAAAGCGCGUACAAUCUCGCUAACACAAGCGACAACUAUACAGUGCUGUAUUUAGGAGAUACAUAUUUUUGGCAACAAAGCAAAAUUGGGAGAAUAUAGACAGUUUAUUUUAAACGAGAGAAGCAGGAAUAAGCCGUGUGAAUGGCACUGAGGUGGGACUUUUCUGCUGCCAUGGAGACAGAAAAAAUUGAGAAACUAGCCAGCUAACUUAGCUAGCAAAAAGGCUAUACGAUUGUCUGCCGUGGAAGUAACGUUAACUACAUUGGAUAGGUUACGCGAAUGUUAGUUCGCUUACUGGACGUUUGACCGGACUAAGCUUGUUUAAAGACGUUACCUGGAACCUGUGUGAAUGAACGAAUCUUAUUGUUAAUUAGUGUUUGUUGUAUGCUGGCUUCAAUAUAUAACUGAAGUGAGCUCUUGCUUAAACAGGACAGAAAUGAAGACGUGAUUCGAAGCUAUCUGGCUAUCAAUGAAACCUCUGGCCUAUACAGGAAGUGCCAGCAGCACGUGGACCUUGCCUGAUACAGCUCCUCACAAUCUGGAGCGUGCGUUUUAGUUCCCGAGUCUUCAGCCAGCUGCAGUUGUGUGCCUUUGAUCAGCCCUCUUGCCUGCCACAUUGUCUAAAAAGCCAUGCUACUGAAAGAGUACCGCAUCUGCAUGCCCCUGAGUGUAGAGGAGUAUCGAAUAGGACAGCUGUACACCAUCAGCAAGCACAGCCACGAGGAGAGCGACAAGGGGGAAGGAGUGGAGGUGGUGCGUAACGAGCCACACGUGGACCCCGUGCAUGGGGAGGGCCAGUUCACGGAGAAGAGAGUUCACCUGUCCAGCAAGCUUCCCAGCUGGGCACGAGCAGUCGUUCCGCGUAUUUUCUACAUCACAGAAAAGGCCUGGAAUUACUAUCCAUAUACAAUAACGGAAUACACAUGCUCAUUUUUGCCAAAGUUUUCCAUUCAUAUAGAGACAAAAUAUGAAGACAACUGUGGGAUCAAUGAAAAUAUCUUCACUAUGGAGAAAAGUAAUUGUGAUACAGAGGUGUGCUUCCUGGACAUUGCCUUCGAUGACAUCCCAGAAAGGCAUUACAAAAGCUCAGAGGAUCUCCGGUGCUUUAGGUCCUUAAAAACAGGGCGGGGGCCCCUGAAGGAAGGAUGGAGGGACAACAGCCAGCCAAUCAUGUGCUCUUACAAGCUGGUUGGAGUGAAAUUCGAGGUCUGGGGCCUUCAGACCAGAGUUGAGCAAUUUGUACACAAGGUCAUCAGGGAUAUCUUGUUGGUGGGACACCGGCAAGCCUUUGCAUGGGUUGAUGAGUGGUACGACAUGACCAUGGACGAGGUGCGGGAGUACGAGCGGGACACCCAGGAAGCGACCAACGAGAAGAUCGGCCUGCUGACGCCCACCAUCUCCAUCGACGAGGUUUCGUCCACGGCAACCACCCGCAGCGCCCCCGCCAGCGCCCCGUCCACGCCCGUCAACGGAGACCCGCCCGAGUUCCUGAGCGUGCCCAAAGACCGGCCCCGGAAGACGUCCGCCCCAGAGACUCUGACCCUGCCGGAGCUACGAGAGCGCUCACUUCCCGAGUAACAUUCCCACACUCCCACAUUCCCACUCCACUGUUCCACUUUGAUUCCUUCUCCUUUUCCCUCUCAUCUUUCUCAGCGCAUUGAGCGCAAACUGAUAAGCUAUUGAUCAUCAGCCCCCCCCCUCCCCUCCCUGCCAUUUAAAAAGCCUUGUUUUUGUUUCAGCUUUAGCGUAGCUGAGCUGCAAGACGACCUGGACAUGCAUGUGCAGAUGACCGGUCGAGAUUUAUUCUAUUGAUUUUAACUCGUGUACAUUUUUUUAAAAGUUUAAAAUAAUUUUAGAUGGUGCUUGGGGCUAAGAUUCAGUUCCGUCCUGCUUCUUGAAAUCAGAUUGAGAGGGAAGCUUCAUUUUUUUAUGCUGUCGCAUUGCUGAUGACUUGAAGUCAAAAUUCGGAAAAUGGACUCCAAACAAGCAUCCUGAUUUAUGGAAAUGCAUGGCUUUUUCUAGACUGUUAUCCACCUUAAGAAGAUAAUGGAGAUAUGCCAAGUAAAAGAACUGAAUUAAAUAUUGUUUAAAGGCUUCAUUUUAAAACCUGUGUUCAUGUUUUCUGUUACUGUGACAAAAUGUAGAUGGUGCAUGUUCUUUGGAGCUGAAGGUUUUCAUUUUCUGACAAAAUCUUGAGAGACUGGUUGAGAUCUCCAUUAUUUGAGAAAGUGAAACCACUGAACUGCAUUAAACGAUUUAAGAGUAUUUAAGAA